CAUUCGGAGUAGAUAAACAUGAUUUGAUAGUCUUUAUUCAUUCGGAGUAGAUAAACAUGAUUUUAUAGUCUUUAUUCAUUCGGAGUAGAUAAGCAUGAUUUUAUAGUCUUUAUUCAUUCGGAGUAGAUAAACAUGAUUUUAUAGUUUUUAUUCAUUCGGAGUAGAUAAACAUGAUUUGAUAUGAUAGUCUUUAUUCAUUCGGAGUAGAUAAACAUGAUUUUAAUAUAGUCUUUAUUCAGUCGGAGUUAUAAGAUGAUUUUAUAGUCUUUAUUUGGAGUAGAUAAACAUGAUUUUUAGUCUUUAUUCAUUCGGAGUAGAGAUUCAUGAUUUUCUUUAUUCACAUCCUUGUCAUGUCUCCUGAAAUGGAAACAAAAAGUUUGGAGUGUAAUCAAUAAUGUGUUUCUUGUCUUGUUGCCAUGGUUGUUCAGCAGCAUGUCUUGUUAAAAUUGUACCCAAUUAACUGUACAAACACAAAGAAUUUACUUUUCAAUUUAAUGUGAGUUUAUAAUUUGUACAUAAUUGUAGUGCAAUUAUGGCGGUCGUAUUAGAACGCUUGUUUAUGAUACACAUGCGCAACUUCAGUCCUCUUAGCGCGGUUCUUUUGAGUAUAUGUAUGAUUUUUUUAAAGUUGCCUAUUUCCAUAGUUAUGUCCCCUUUUGCUGUAAUAACAGCGUGAUGACUCAGUCACAUGGAAAUGUUCCACUCCUUGUGAUACACUGUGUUAAUCAAUCUUUCGUUGCAUGUACAUAUAUAGAUUUAAAUUAUAAUCCAUUUGAUGAAUUAUGAACAUUGAGUAUUUUCUCAUCUCUUUAUAUUAUAGUGCUCUUUUUGUUUUGUUUUUGUUGUUUGCUUUUUUUUGGUGUGUUUUGUGCAAAAUAAGGUACCUUAAUUAACUCACCUUAAAACUUUUCCAUUUCUCUGUGCCCACUUGUGUGAUAACUUUAUACUUAUACAUGAAUAAGAAGAUUGACAUUUAUAUUUGUAGCCUGCCAUCCAAUCCUUUUUCAUUAUUGAAUAAAAGUAUCUAUAAACUAUGUGUCAGUCAUCAGGUGAGGCCUCAUAGUCUUUCAGGCCUCUCGUUACAUGAUAGGCUAGUUAUUUUUACAUCCGUUAAAUGCUGCUGAUUUGUUUAUGACAGGGUGAUUAAAGCUCUGCAUCAAAUGGUAGUACUGCUACAGUAGAUGUACUAAUGACAGAAGACGCAUGGUGGAGUGCGCUGGUAAGGAGAUUCUGGACCCUGAAGUGCUCAAGCCAUCUUGUAAUCUGAUUCUACCGACUUGACUCGGAAGCAGUAAGAGACUUAGGCCAAUAUUACACACACUGUUGGAGAGCGUGAAAACGGAUUCUGGAACUGAAAGUCAGUGGUGGCAAAAUUCCAUUUGGUGGAUUAAAGAUUCGUCUGUUUAUUUCCCAGGUGUUAACUUUAAAAUGACAGAGUGAAGUUGUAAAAAUGGGAUCUGGUUCUAGUACCCUGACUCCACCCUCGUCCCCAGAGCCUGACAGUCCCAUACUGUCUCACAGGGCCGUAUCUCCAGAAAAACAGGGCAGCAGAAAUGUUGUUAGAGCCUGCAAUGAUGUUGCUCCAAUUAUUAUCAAGGAUUGCAGAGAAGAAUUUCAGCAUGUCACAGAUUUCAAAGACCCCAUCAUUAGUGGAAGUAUUGCAGAAAAUAUGCCCAGACAUCCACUUGUGAAGGGGAAAUACUUUUUGGUGCGUGAUGCUUCAGAGAAAUCGGACAUCAAGAAAUCUUACUCCCAGUAUAAAGCACCAAAUUUUCAUCAGGCUACGAAUGGCUUACCGGUGUAUGGGGCAGGGCAACCGACAGAGAAAGGACUGAUCUAUCUGAUAGACCAUCUUGUUGAGGAAGGUCACACAGAGAUUUUAUUGUUCAACCUUAGAGAGGAGCCGGUGUUGUUUGUGGAGAAUGCCUUAGAUAUGCUGCCAUAUUCCAUCCGAGAGAGGGAAAACCUAAAGGAACUAGUUAAUUUGGGCAGAUCAUCAUAUGAGGCUGAUGAAGCUGAGGCCAGAAUCAGGAAAGAGGUGAUAGAUUUAGCAACAUUGAAAGAAGAGAACAAGUUUUACUUCUACAAAGACAUGGAAAACCUCCAUCGAGAACCGCACGAGUUUUAUGUUCAGUAUGAAGACCACCUUCUUGUUUCGGAGGAGGUCUACUCGAGACACAUCAUGUGUUCCCACUCUGUAAGGUACAAAAGACUUUGCUUUCCUAUGGAAUCUGCCCCGAGUGACGUAGACGUCGAUUCCUUCAUAGAUGUAUACAAGGAAUGUCCAAGCGCCUUUGACAAAAGUCAUGGUUCCUGUAUGGCAAUGCUGUUUACCUGCCACGUGGGCUAUGGCAGAACAACUUUGGGAAUGGUGAUGGGAUCCUUGCUCUUAAGUCAUCGUAAUGGAUUUAGUAGUGUCAAUAGUAAAACUGCGAGCAAGGUUUGUGGGGAUGAGUUGACCUGUCGAGCUGUACACAGACUUGUCACACUAAUUCCUGAUGGGCAGAAAAUGAAACACCAGGUAGAUACUAUGAUAGAGAUGUGCGGAAAGCUGUACAACUUACAGGUGGAAAUAUCUGCUUUAAAGCACCUGUUGGAAGGAACAACAAUCGACCAAGAAGUUGAUGGAAAGAAUGCGCAAGAGAUGCUGUACAAAAGAUGCUGCCAUUUUCUACAACGCUAUUUGUUCCUCAUCGUUUUCAACAGUUAUCUUACGGAACAGUUCUCUCAGAGAUUUCUAAAAUCCUUCUCUAAAUGGAAGAGACAACAUCCUGAGAUAAUCCGGUUAUUGCAGAAUGUUCACCACCCGAAUUACCAUGCGCCGCUGGAUCUGGUGCUGACAGAGAGGCAGUUCUUAGUAGCUGAUGUGUACAUAGGUUUAGAUGUGAUGAGUUCGCAGCUAGAUGUCCGAGUGCCUAACUUCAGAAAGCUCAACCUGAAAGGAUUCUCUGUGUAUGGCAUGGCACAGCCUGCACGCGACGGAGUAACAAAAAUAUCCAACUACUUGUUGAGUAAAAAGCAGGGCCAUACGUUUGUGGUGCUGGUGAAUCUGAGGAACGAUGUGGCUGUAGAAUGUGAUGGAAAGACUUACAGUGUCCGGGACUCCACAAUGCUGGAUGAACCUGUCGUCCACCCCGGCCUUACAGUGAAAGAACUAGAGGAAAAAGAAGAAACCUUGACGAAGAUAAUCAAAACCAACAAAAUUCAGGUAUACAACGAGUUGUCGGAGGAUCCCCGUGAGGAAGAAUUCAGCAGUGUGCUGACCCCAUCAGAGCUGGCAGAGAAUCAGAAGCUACAGACUUUGGAUAUGCAGUAUUACAGAGUGCCUCUUCAGUAUGACACAACCCCCACAGAGCAGGACUUUGACGACCUGAUGACUGUGAUUCGGACUCACGGCUUCAGUGAGGAACUCGGAUGCAACAGAACAGCCAUGGUUUACUUCUGUAGGACUGGGAAAAGUCGCACCACACUGGCUCUGGCCGUUACUGGUCUGGUCAUGUGCCAUUUAAGGGGUUUUCCUAAAGGAUCACAUGUGGGAGAGCAGGAGAGGGUGUCCUGUCCAAAUGCUCAGUACACGAAAGGAGACUUCAUUAUUGUUCAGAAACUUGUCCGGAUGCUGCCUAAUGGUCAACAAGUGAAAAGGGAAGUGGAUUUCGUCCUGGACGAGUGUUUCGAGACUAUGUCACCCAUGCAUUUUCAUAUUCGAGAGGUCAUUUUUGUAACAUACAAUAAGAUCUGUAAAGCAAAAUCAGAGACAGAAAAACAACAGUUGAAGAGACAGAGUCUAGAGGCCUUGGAGCGCUACCUCUACCUGAUUCUGUUCAACAUGUACCUGAGAUACGACAAGAAGAUCAAAUGGCAGCGGACAUUUUGUCAAUGGAUGAGAGAGGUGGCUGUCACUGCAGGGGUAUUUGAACUUCUGGAUAACCUGGCAUUCUAUGACUUUGAGAAGAUACCGUCUGCAUUUAAGACUAUGAAUGAAAGAUGGAAAAACCGUUCGCAACCCAUUCCAUUCGCAGGAGAAUUCAAGUGAUAUGUUCCAAUAACCAAUGAAUUUGUGAUACGAUUCCUUUGUCAUUUUUAUCCGUGCAUAUGGAAUUUUUUUGUAAAGUAUAUUAGUAUGCAGAUACUGACAAGAUGUUUACAUUAGAUCAUAAACACUGUCAAAGAUGACCUAUAAGCUGGAGGCCAUAUUAAAGUGGUCUGCUCAUCCAAUUCAUUUUAUUGCAGUAACGGUUCUAAACACACAAUAUGGCAAUACUUCUUUGCAAUGUCCAUGUUUCCUACAUUUUGUCCAUCGAACACUUCUAACAGUUCCAAGAGUCCUUGGGCCACCCAUUUUUCUAUGUGUAGAUUACGCCUUAGCUUUUGUAUUUGAAAACAAUAUUUCUCGACCUCGGAGGAUAUCCUGCAAUUUCCACAAAAAUGCAAACUUUAUUUCUAUUCUAUUAUGAGUCGGUCGGUCCAAUGAAGUGGGGUACUGUGUGGGUUAUUUAGGAUGCCAUUUAGAGGAGACUCCAGUGGGAAUUGGGAGUGUUUGAUACGUACACAAAGGAAAAUCAUAAAAAAUAAAUAGAUAUAUUUACAACGACAUAUGAAGUUAAACCAGGUGACUUUAAUGUGAUGAAUACCCAAGUUUUACAUUGUAGAAAAGGGGUCUAGGCAGUCUGUGGUUCAAAAUAGUUAUGAAUGAUAUUACCAAUCAAAUUGACUGCAGCACAUGCAAUGUACUUGUACUUAAUUUAAGGGACACAAUUUUGUACUUUAACAACAGAAUUAUUUAUUUUGAUGCAAGUUAGGAUGUGCAUAUAUAUUUCUAUAUAUAUACCAGUGUGUGUCUAUUUCCAGAAAAUCACUGUGGUCGAUAUUGUAUAAUAUAGAAUAAGAUCUUUAUGUCUUAUUUUAUAUCUCAAUAAUCACAUCACUUAAAGCUCAUGUUGCAUUUUUGUAUUGAUAAAGUUUGUAGGUGCAUUAUGGACAAUCAAAACUUUUGUCAGGGUGUAUAUAUUGAAAAUCUGAAUUAGUCGCAUGGUACCCAUAUAGACAUUUCCACUGUGUGAUUUAAAGUGUCCAGUAUCAUUGUUCACAAGCUGUUUAUUAAAGGAGAUGUUUUUUGUUUGAAUUCCACCACUGGUUGUGUUUCUUAGUGUAUAUCAAAUGUUUUUUGAAAUUUUGAUGAUGUUGUUGACAGGUAUUGAUCAUUUUGAUGAUAAUUAUUGUAAUCCUGUGCAAUAUUCUACAAGUGUUGUUCAGGUCACCUGAGUGUUCUAUUGCGAUUGGUUGUUGUCAUUUGCUAUAUGUUAACAUUUGAACAUAUUCAACUUCUUCUCUAAAAUCACAUGCCCAUUUUUCAUAAGAUUGUAUAUGAAGCAUCUAGGAAGGGGAAUGAAAACUGAAUUUCAUGAUCACUGAACCCAUGGGCCUGUCUCAGGUCUAACCUUGAAAAAUUUAAAAAUCUUCUCUACUUCUGGACAUCUUGAACAGAAACUGAUUCCUUGGUUAUGGUGAGCACAGAAGUAUAUCUAAAUUGGGAAAUUGAUGGCCUUUGAAUCAUGUUGUAGUUAACCCUACCAAAGUUGUGAAAUUUAUAAGCCUCAGAUCCCAGGGUAGGACUUUAUGGAUCAUAAACUGGAAACUCGUGACAUCGAUAGAAAAUAUACUAUUACACAAAGGUUGCUUACGACCGUAGAGCAUGUCAUGAUCCAGAAUCCUGGUCAAGGUCACUACAUUUAAAAAUAAAGUUCUAAUGUAUUUCAACAUCCUUUCAAGACAUUUUUAGCUCACCUGAGCUAAAAGCUCAAGUGAGCUUUUCUGAUCACCCGUAUUCCGGCGUCCGUCCGUCUGUAAACUUUUAACAUAUUUAACUUCUUCUCAAAAACCACUGGGCCAAUUUCAACCAAAGUUGGCACAAAGCAUCCUUAGGUAUAGGGAAUUCUAAAUUGUUAAAAUAAAGGGCCAGGCCACCUUCCAAGGAGAGAUAAUCAAGAAAAGGUAAAAAUAGGGUAGGGUCAUUAAAAAAUCUUCUCAAGAACCACUGGGCUAGAAAAGAUGAAAUUUAUAGAUAAGCUUUAUUAGGUAGUGCAGAUUCUAAAUUGUUAAAAUCAUGGCCCCCGGGAGUCGGAUAGGGCCACAAUAAGGGAUCAAAGUUUUACAUACAAAUAUAUAGGAAAAAUCUUCUUCUCAAGAACCACUAAGCCAGAAAAGCUGAUAUUUACAUUAAAGCUUUCUGACAUAGUGCAGAUUCAAGUUUGUUCAAAUCAUGGCCCCUGGGGGUUGGAUGGGGCUACAAGGGGGGAUCAAAGUUUUACAUACAAAUAUAUAGGGACAUUCUUUAAGAAUCUUCUUCUCAAGAACCACUGAGCCAGAAAAGCUGAUAUUCACAUGAAUAGCUUCCUAACAUAGAGCAGAGUUAAGUUUGUUCAAAUCAUGGCCCCCUGUUGUAGGAUGGGGCCACAAUAGGGGAUCAAAGUUUUACAUACAAAUAUAUAGGAAUUUUUUUUAAAAAAUCUUCUUCUCAAGAACCACUGAGCCAGAAAAGCUGAUAUUUACAUGAAAGCUUUCUGAUAUAGUGCAGAUUCAAGUUUGUUCAAAUCAUGGCCCCUGGGGGUAGGAUGGGGCCACAAGGGGGGAUCAAAGUUUUACAUACAAAUAUAUAGGAAAAAUCUUCAAAUAUCUUCUUCUCGUGAACCAUUGGGCCAAAGAAGUUCACAUUUACAUGAAAGCUUUCUGACAUAGUGUAGAUUCAAGUUUGCAAAGAACUAUGGCCUCCAGGGGUAGGUUGUGGGCAUAAUAAGGACUACGGUUUUACAUGCAAAUAUAUAUAGAAAGUCUUCUGAUAUGGACCAAGGUGACUCAGGUGAGCGAUGUGGCCUAUGGGCCUCUUGUUUUGUUAUACUUUCAAUUGAUAUUUUACAGACAAAAUAAUUUUGUUUUGAACAGAAAACGGAGAAUAAUUUUAUCUGGGACACAGCUUAGUACAUUGAGAGAUAUCAUCAGCUCACAAACAUUACAUGUACUUAUGACCAGAGUCAGAAGAAUUAAACAUCCUUUUGUUGAACACAAGGGCAUCCAAUUCUCAGAGUUUUAAAGACAAACACUUGUACCAUCCACUCGCAACACUUGUAAUUUCAUGUUCUGCUUUGUAUGAUGCUCAGGUGACCGUUAAGGCCCAAAGGCCUCUUGUUGUAUUUACUGAAAUAUUUCGAUGAUUUAUAAAUAAACUGUUGCUAUAUUGAU